AUGGACAUUCCACUAGAGAAAAAGAUUCGAGAACUGGAGGCUGGAGAUGACAACCUCAAAGAAAGCAUGUCACAACUAAUACUUCAAGCAAACAUAACUGAGGAAUCAAGAUCUUCCAAUCCUAGGAGAACGGGUACUGGUGUUCAGAGUUGUGAACAUAGUGAGAUUAGUAUAAAUUUCACAAAUAAACAGUAUUUGAAUAUCUUGCAGUCAAUGGGUCAGGGAGUCCAUAUUAUUGAUCAAGAAGGACUGAUAGUUUACUGGAAUAAAGCGGCUGAACAAAUUUUUGGUUACCCUGCAUCUGAAGCUGUUGGCAAGAAUAUCAAUGGCUUCAUAAUUGAAGAGCAGGACAUCAAUGCAGCGGAUGAAAUAAUUCAAAGGAACUUCUCAGGGGAAAACUGGACAGGGAUUUUUCCUGCCAGGAAAAAACACGGCCGGCACUUUGAAGUACUUGUCACCACUGCCCCAUUAUAUGAUGAUAGUGGUACUUUCGUUGGGAUUAUUUGUGUAACAAUUGCUCCAGAGUCUAUUCAAGAAACCACACAACCAAUUUCUCUCGGUACAAAACCUUUAAAAGAUGAUUCAUUUUCCAGCUCUAGUUGGCUGUGUAACAGCGGUCCAACAACAACUAAUCCUGUUUUUGAACCCUUGCACAAUCCUCUGAAAUCUGUCAUAACUUCGACGAUAUCAAAAUUAACAUGGAGAUCGAAAAAUAAUGUAUGGACGAAAAUGAAAACAGUGGAAGCCGCUCUCUCUGACCAUAGGAUGGAUACUUUCCUAAAGAACGUAUGCCCAAGGAAUGCUUUUGGAGAUUCUAGAGUGAAAGGAAUAUCAUGGUCUUGGAAACACCAACAAAUCUUGCAAGUUACGGGUAGCGGUAAUGAAGUCUAUAGGUCCUUGUCCUCUUUUACUAACAAUGCGAGUAGCGGCAAUGAAGUCUAUAGGUCCUUGUCCUCUUAUACUAACAAUAAAGGAACAAGUACUAAUAGUAGUAGUAGUAUUACUCGCCGUAAAUUCUAUAUGGAAAGAGACUUUUUGAAUUAUGAUAUCUCGCUGAACAAUUUAACAUUUGGUGAACAGCUUGGGCGAGGUUCAUAUGCCACUGUGUAUCGUGGUCAGUGGUGUGGCACGGACGUUGCAAUAAAAGUACCUUUCAACUUUGAGUACUCAGAAAACUUGCUAAUGCAACAUUCCUUCAGACAAGAGGUAUUACUGAUGAAGCGGCUGAGGCAUCCAAAUGUUGUACUCUUUAUGGGAGCAGUAACUUCACCUAAGAACCUAUGUAUUGUCACCGAGUUCCUCUCACGUGGAAGUUUGUUUCAAUUACUUCGACGUCACACUAGUACUACACUAGAUUCGAGACGGCGUGUUCUCAUGGCUUUGGACAUUGCACGAGGUAUGAAUUACCUUCAUCGUCACAACCCACCAAUUAUUCACCGUGAUUUGAAGUCAUCAAACCUUUUGGUUGAUAAGAACUGGAAGGUGAAGGUUGGUGAUUUUGGUCUCUCACGGCUCAAAUAUGCGACAUUUCUAACAACCAGUGCUGGAAACGGAACGCCACAGUGGAUGGCUCCAGAGGUUAUCCGUAAUGAACCAGAGGAUGAGAAGUCCGAUGUAUAUAGCUUUGGAGUUGUUCUGUGGGAGCUUGCCACACUAAAAAUUCCUUGGAAUGACAUGAACUCAAUGCAGGUGAUCGCUGCUGUAGGAUUCAUGAACCAACGAAAUGAGAUACCAAAAGACACUGACCCACUUUGGGCAUCUCUAAUUGAGAGGUGCUGGCACAGUGACCCAAAAUGUCGUCCAACAUUUAAGGAACUGCUUGGAAGUUUGAAAGAUCUGCAGAGACAAAUUUUCGGUUCAAAGCGGGAAAGAAUUCCCUAG